UUUUUCUGUUGGUAACAUCGUCCCAAUGUGUUUGACGUAAAUUGCAAAUGCAUUUUUCGACAAUCGUCGGUGCUAUUUAUGCAAUUGGACCGCGUUAAACUUGUUGUUUCAAUUGUCACGCGGAAGCACGCAAUUCGUAGCUACCGUUUUUAAUAGCCCUCACUAGCUAAUUAUAAGUGGGAGAGAUAAGAUACGAUCUUCGCGAUUAACUCGGCAUACGUAGCUCCAGACUUCAUACGAACGUUGUCUCACGUAGAUUGUAAUUGAUAGAACUAUCACAAUUUUUCAGUUCUAGUGUAUCUAUUUUAGAUCUGUCGCCGAUCAAUAUGUGGCAUUAUUAAGUGAUACUAUCAUUUCAUCAAUCGAGCGUUGCAUCGCGCUUGAACAAAUUUUAAUUGUGGGAAAAAAAGGAACGAAGAUAGUGAACAAAAUAGGAUUCCAUCAUAGAUAAGUGUGCAUAACCGAAAUUAUCCAGUGAACAGAGCUAAAUCAUCGUUUUUAACGUCACUCUUUUCAUCGUCGAGAUCAUUCAUCAUUGAGUGCGAUGGAUAUUUAUGAAUACAAUGUAUCGGAUACCAAAAUCAAGUUAUACCUCAAACAAUUAUUGACAGCUCUGGGACCACUGACAGGAAUCAUCGCGGCCGGCAUGUCGAACGGUUACAGCGCGAUACUUCUUCCACAGCUGAAGUCUAUUUCUUCCAACGACAGUGAGUCUUUAUCGGAAUCUGCGAACGUGGAUCACUUCGGAAUGCUUACUAGCGACCAAGAAUCGUGGAUUGCAGCGGCCGCGGUUUUGCCAAUAGCGCCGGGAUGUUGGACCGGCGGUUUCGUGGCAGAAAGAUUCGGCAGAAGGACAUCGUUUAUGUUGCUGUAUCCUAUUUUUUGCAUCGGCUGGUUGAGCAUUGGCCUCGCCAAUAGCGUACAAAAUUUGAUAGCAAGCAGGAUCCUGACCGGAUACUGCAUCGGAAUCCAUGCAUCAAUUUUUCCGAUCUACGUGAGUGAAACGAGCGACCCCCUGUUGCGCGGUAUUUUACUGGGGGCGGUUGGUUUGACCCUUUCCAUCGGUGCAUUGGCGUGUCACGCGAUGGGAACUUGGCUGAACUGGCGGACUACCGCGUAUAUUUGCGCCGUGUUACCUAUAAUCAGCUGGAUUACCAUCCUCUUCUCGCGAGAGAGUCCGAUGUGGCUGCUCGGUAAAGGUAAAAUCGAGGAGGCGAAGCACUCGUGGAUAUUUCUCCGUGGUGAACACUCGCUCGAGGAAUUCUCCCUGUUAGAAACCACCAGACUCAUGGAAAUCUCUGAAAAAAGAACCAGAAAACGAUCGAUACUGCGUUCGUUCAUGAAGCCUUGGUCGUCGCGAUAUUUUUUGAAACCCUUCGGUAUUGUCUGUUUGUACUUUUUUGUCAUGCAGUUCGCGGGUACUAAUGUGAUGCUUUUUUACUGUGUCGAAAUGUUGACGGACAUAUCAGGUCAGGCACACGCGUAUCUGAUAACAGUGGUCAUCGAUGCGAUUCGUGUGACAUUCGGAAUUAUCGCGUGCAUUCUUUUGAAAACGUGCCGUAGACGCAUCAUGACGUUCGUAUCCGGUUUCGGCGUAGCUAUUACUUUAUUAUCCUUGAGCGCGUGCUUGACGUUUAAUAUUGGAAGACCAUGGAUCCCCGUAAUUCUACUUGUCACUUACGUCGCUUUGCUGCCGUUGGGAUUGACUCCCAUACCCUGGUUACUUUGCGGUGAGCUGUUCCCGAGAAAAUGUCGCGGGCUUGGCUCCGGAUUAACGUCUGGCUUCGGCUUCAUGUGCUUCUUCGUGGUGAUCAAGACAAUGCCGGCUAUGAUAGAAUUAAUAAAGCCUGAGGGUACAUUCGCUAUUUAUGGCUCGGUAGCAUUGAUCGGGACCAGUGCUUUAUACUUUGUUCUCCCUGAGACCAAGAACAAAACCUUGCAAGAGAUUCAAAUAUCUUUCAACAAAAAAUCUCACAAGCCACAAAUACAAGAUGUGGAAGUUCCAUUCCAUGAAUACGAUGAAUCCGAAGAAAACAAAAAAUCGGAUAAAGAAAUGCAAAAUGACAAAUAAUUACUUU